CCUUCGGGACGCUCCGUAGCCCUAGGUGUAGUAAAUACCCUUGAUGAACAAGCGAUCUGGGUCGCGAUUGGCUCCGACGUACGUUCCCGGAACUCAGGGGCCAUUGCGCGAAGGCUGAAGGGAGUGUGGCAGAAGGCUGUGUGAACGCGGAGAGCCGGCAUGCCUCGGUAUGCGCAGCUCGUCAUGGGCCCCGCGGGUAGCGGGAAGAGCACCUACUGUUCCACCAUGGUUCAGCACUGUGAGGCCCUCAACCGAUCUGUCCAGGUGGUCAACCUGGACCCGGCGGCAGAGCACUUCAGCUACCCUGUGAUGGCUGACAUCCGAGAACUGAUCGAGGUGGACGACGUGAUGGAAGACGAUUCUCUGCGGUUCGGUCCCAACGGAGGGCUGGUGUUCUGCAUGGAGUACUUCGCCAAUAACUUUGACUGGCUGGAGAGCUGCCUAGGCCAUGUUGAGGACGAUUACAUCCUUUUUGACUGUCCAGGUCAGAUUGAGCUCUACACCCACCUGCCCGUGAUGAAGCAGCUGGUCCAGCAGCUGGAGCAGUGGGAGUUCCGGGUGUGCGGGGUCUUCCUGGUUGACUCUCAGUUCAUGGUGGAGUCGUUCAAGUUUAUUUCUGGCAUCCUGGCUGCCUUGAGUGCCAUGAUUUCUCUAGAGAUCCCACAGGUUAACAUCAUGACGAAGAUGGACCUGCUGAGUAAGAAAGCCAAGAAGGAAAUUGAGAAGUUUCUAGAUCCAGACAUGUACUCUCUGCUAGAAGAUUCAACAGGUGACUUAAGAAGCCAAAAGUUCAAGAAGUUGACGAAGGCCGUGUGUGGCCUGGUCGACGACUACAGCAUGGUCCGCUUUCUGCCGUACGACCAGUCGGACGAGGAGAGCAUGAACAUCGUGCUGCAGCACAUCGACUUUGCCAUUCAGUACGGGGAGGACCUGGAGUUCAAGGAGCCGAGGGAGCACGAAGAGGAGUCCUCCUCCAUGCUCGAUGAGUACUUUCAAGAACGGCAGAAAGAGUGAGGUUGACCACGAAGCCACCGUCCCGCCUGUGGCCGAGUUGUGGAGUGCUCCUCUCCAGAGGGUGGCCGUGGGAAGCUGCUGCUUGUGUCUGUGAGGAACGCUGGGCUCUGGGGGCGAGCGAGGGAGAGAGCGAGCUAUUGGUCGGUCGGGUGAGCGAGCCUGACUUGUGCUCUGUGCUCUGACCUCUGAACCUGCUGCUCUUUCAGGAGAUUUUUGUUGUUGUUGUUUUGGGUUUUUUUGUUUUGUUUUUUGUUUUUCGAGACAGGGUUUCUCUGUGUAGCUCCGGCUGUCCUGGAACUCACUCUGUAGACCAGGCUGGCCUCGAACUCAGAAAUCCGCCUGCCUUUGCCUCCCAGAGUGCUGGGAUUACAGGCUUGUGCCACCACUGCCAGGCCUUUCAGGAGAUUUUAUCCUGACACUAUUGUUUGGAUUUGUUUUGUUUUUGUUUUUUGUUGUUGUUUGUUUUUUGUUUGGAUUUUUGAAAAAUCAAAGUAGAAAUUAAUGCACAAAGACUUGUAUAUAAUAUAAAUCAACCUUGCCACAUGCAUACAUCACCAAUGUGUGCAUUUAUAUGCGUGUGGAUGCGUGCACGAGGAGGGGUGCGUGUGCAUACACACAUGUAAUUAGAGCUAAUGUAACCUCAUUUUUACAAUUGGAUUUUUAUUUUUUGAGGGGUCUUCUUUUGAUUUACUUGUUUGUUUUUGGAGAGGCACAAAUUAUUGUAACAAAAAACCAUACAUCUACAUCAAAAUGAAAAAUAUUUGAAAGGAUAUACAUAAAUCUUAUUUUUCCAAGUCAAACAUGUAUUAUUUAUAUAAUUAAAAAUGAAAACUGA